AUGUUCAAGUCCUACAUCCUUCAGGCGAUCCUUGUGUCGCACAUUGUUGCCAUGGCCAUCCCAGCUGUUGCAGUCAAUGCCGCCAUUGUUAGAUCAGUGGGAGAUACAGAUGCAGAUGAAGCAAUUGCUUAUACACCUUAUCCACCUUCAGGCUGGGAUAAAAGAGAUGCUGCAGUCGAUGCGGAUGAGGCAAUUGCUUAUACACCUUAUCCACCUUCAGGCUGGGAUAAAAGCGAUGCUGAAGUCGAUGCGGAUGAAGUGGUAUUUUAUAAUCAUCGGAUCUAUAAGAAAGAAGAAGCCGAUGCAGAUGAAGCAACAGUCUAUCCCCGUCCAGCCUGGUAG